AUGGUCCUGAGGGAUUCCUGUGGGAUCUUCAUGGACAACUGUGUGUACACGAGGAACGCCGACCAGCGCAACGCCGACAAGGACAACUUUGGGGACGCGUGUGACAACUGCCGGCAGGUGAAGAACAACGACCAGAGGGACAUCGACGGCGACGGCCGGGGCGACGAGCCCCCGGGGCCCGACAACUGCCGGCUGGUGCCCAACCCCGGCCAGGAGGACUCGGAUGGUGAGCGGCCACCCCGGCCUCGGCCAGCCCGGCCUCAGGCCAGCCCGGCCUCGGCCACCCCGGCCUCGGCCACCCCGGCCUCGGCCAGCCCGGCCUCGGCCAGCACGGCCUUGGCCACCCCGGCCUUGGCCACCCCGGCCUCGGGCCACCCCGGCCUCGGCCACCCCGGCCUUGGCCACCCCGGCCUCGGCCACCCCAGCCUCGGGCUCCCCCAGCCUCGGGCCACCCUGGCCUUGGGCCACCCUGGCCUCGGGCCACCCCAGCCCCGGGCUCUCCUGGCCUCGGCCACCCCGGCCUCGGCCACCCCGGCCUCAGCCACCCCGGCCUCAGCCACCCCGGCCUCGGCCAGCACGGCCUUGGCCACCCCGGCCUCGGCCAGCACGGCCUUGGCCACCCCGGCCUCGGCCAGCACGGCCUUGGCCACCCCGGCCUCGGCCACCCCGGCCUCGGCCACCCCGGCCUCGGCCACCCCGGCCUCGGGCUCUCCCGGCCUUGGCCACCCCGGCCUCGGCCACCCCGGCCUCGGGACACUCCGGCCUCGGGCCACCCCGGCCUCGGGACACUCCGGCCUCGGGACACCCCGGCCUCGGGCUCUCCCGGCCUCGGCCACCCCGGCCUCGGCCACCCCAGCCCCGGGCUCUCCUGGCCUCGGCCACCCCAGCCUCGGGACACUCCGGCCUCGGGCCAGCCCAGCCUCGGCCAGCCCAGCCUCGGCCAGCCCAGCCUCGGGCUCUCCCGGCCUCGGCCACCCCGGCCUCGGGCCACCCUGGCCUUGGGCCACCCUGGCCUUGGGCCACCCCGGCCCCGGGCCACCCCGGCCUCGGCCACCCCAGCAUUCCCAGGAUCCGCGGGAAUCCGGUUGGGUGCUCCCGGGGCCGACGGGCGCCAGGCCCGUGCCGCUGGCAGACGUCCUCAGUGCCAGAGGGGGUCAGUGCAAUGCCAACCCCUGCUUCCCGAAAGUCCAGUGCAUUAACACCAACCCCGGCUUCCGCUGCGACCCCUGCCCGCCCGGCUUCACCGGGCAGCUGCUGGAAGGGGUGGGCCUGGCCUUUGCCAGGGCCAACAAGCAGGUGUGCACCGACAUCAACGAGUGUGAGACUGGAGCUGCCACCAAUUGUGUCCCAAACUCCAUCUGCAUCAACACUCGGGGAUCCUACAAGUGCGGGCCGUGCAAGCCGGGCUUUGUGGGGGAUCAGAUCAGCGGCUGCCGGAGCCAGACGGCCCCGGGGACGCGGCGCUGCCCCAACGGCGAGAUCAGCCCGUGCCACGAGAAAGCCGAGUGCAUCGUGGAGAGGGAUGGCUCCCUGUCCUGCCAGUGCCUCGUGGGGUGGGCAGGGAACGGCUACGUGUGCGGGAAGGACACGGACAUCGACGGUGUCCCCGACGAGAAGCAGCGCUGCUCCGACAAGAAAUGCCGCAAGGAUAACUGCAUGACCGUGCCCAACUCGGGCCAGGAGGACGCGGACCGCGACGGCAUCGGCGACGCCUGCGACGACGACGCCGACGGAGACGGGAUCCCGAACGCUGAGGCUGGGGGGUCAGGGCUGUCCCCUGGGGUGGGGACGAACCUGGCUGGCUUUGGAAACGGAGCUGAUCGCAGGAUCAAAAACACCAUGGACAACUGCAGGAGAGUGCCCAACCCUGACCAGAGGGACGGGGACGGGGACGGCGUGGGGGACGCCUGUGACAGCUGCCCCACCCUCAGCAACCCUGACCAGAAAGACACUGACCACGAUCUGGUGGGGGAUGUCUGUGACACCAACCAGGACAGCGACGGGGACGGGCACCAGGACUCGCGGGACAACUGCCCCACGGUGCCCAACAGCUCGCAGCUGGACACGGACGGCGACGGGCUGGGCGACGAGUGCGACGAGGACGACGACGACGACGGCGUCCCCGACUUCAGGCCCCCGGGGCCCGACAACUGCCGGCUGGUGCCCAACCCCGGCCAGGAGGACUCGGAUGGGGACGGCGUGGGGAACCUGUGUGAGGAUGACUUCGACAGGGACAUGGUGAUCGACAGGAUCGACGUCUGCCCCGAGAACGCCGAGGUGACGCUCACCGACUUCAGGGCCUUCCAGACCGUGGUGCUGGACCCCGAGGGGGACGCUCAGAUUGACCCCAACUGGAUCGUCCUCAACCAGGGCAUGGAGAUCGUCCAGACCAUGAACAGCGACCCUGGCCUGGCUGUAGGGUACACGGCCUUUAACGGGGUGGACUUCGAGGGCACCUUCCACGUCAACACGGCCACGGACGACGACUACGCCGGCUUCAUCUUCGGCUACCAGGACAGCUCCAGCUUCUACGUGGUGAUGUGGAAGCAGAUGGAACAGACCUACUGGCAGGCCAACCCCUUCCGGGCCGUGGCAGAGCCCGGGAUCCAGCUGAAGGCAGUGAAAUCCAAAACCGGCCCUGGGGAGUACCUGAGGAACUCCCUGUGGCACACGGGGGACACCACGGACCAGGUGAAGCUGCUCUGGAAGGAUCCCCGGAAUUCCGGCUGGAAGGACAAGACCUCGUACCGCUGGUUCCUGCAGCACCGGCCCCAGGUCGGCUACAUCAGGGCUCGUUUCUACGAGGGCCCCGAGGUCGUGGCAGACACUGGGGUUGUCGUGGACACCACCAUGAGAGGGGGACGCCUCGGGGUCUUCUGCUUCUCCCAGGAGAACAUCAUCUGGUCCAACCUGCGCUACCGCUGCAACGACACCAUCCCAGAGGACUACGAGACGUUCCGGUUCCAGCAGGACUAAUUCCCGCGGCGCGUCCCGAGCCCGUCCCGCUUCCCGCUCGCCCGCCCGCUCCCGCUCCGGAAUCCUGCCCCAAGAGCUGCCAGCACCUCCCAGCGCCCCCACCGCCUCCAGCUCCCCUUCCCCACCAGCAAACCCUGGAAACGUUCCCCAGAUCCUCGGGGAGGGGCAGAGGUGGAGACAGGGAGGGCGACCGAAGCGGAGCUGCCGCAAGCCCGGCUCAGGGCCGUGCUGGAGCUCCCUGCAGCAGCUGCGAUGGCUGGAGAAGGUUUGGCGUGGACGAUUCCCGGGAAUCUUCUCCCUGCUCCAAGGAUCCCGAGUGUGAAUGUUGUUUUCCUUUUCAAGACCUGCUGCAAAGCAAACUCGGCGCGAGUCUGGGAGGGACGCGCGGAGCAGCCUCGGCACAAGUUGCUCACUUUAAUAAAUGAAAAAGCACUUUAAGGAGAGAAUCUUUGCUCUGGAAUGUUGGGAAAUGAACACUUGGAAUGCUGGAUAAUAAAUUCUAGAUUUCUCCUUGGUCA